AUGAAAGCGCCGGGCCCCAAGCAGCAGGAUCCCGUGCGGACUGCUCAGCCUCCCGAUGACCCAAACGGCGUGUUCCGUCGGGAUGCAGCCAGAAGAGAUGUCAGCAUCAAAAAGCAUCAGGCCAAUAUGACAAUUGGGAUUAACAGGCUAGAAGCUGGCAAUGCCAUAAACCAGGAAACCACUGCUUUAUUUUUACUGGUGUUCAAUACGUGUGAGAGGAAAAGUCCUAUGCUGCUAAACUAUGAAUUCUACGGUGUUAAACAUAGAUCUGAACUGAAAAAUGGAGGAGAUAAUUUCUGUGCUGGUUGUGAUUUGAACAGGCUGGUCCACGACCUGACCUCAUUAAAAUUGGAACAACGUGUCACCAGAGGUCCUGGCCCCCAUAAGUCUGCAGCAUCAAAUAAGAAGUAUGAGUACAAACUGGCCAUGAAUAACUUUAGGCUGGAAAUAAGAGGGUUCCCAGUAUGCAGCACUAGUGGACUUGAAGUAUCUCUUCUAGCCAACUGACACGCUUUGGAGGAAAGAGCUCUUUGGAGUCUUCUGCGUCGUUUUGGUGUGCUUUUGAGAAAGAGUCUACAGAAAAAGCAAAUGCUGACUAUCUAA